AUGCAACAGGAGACUUCUACGUCAGUUAACAAAUUGCCCAGUGGAACACCAAUCCAACCUCGACAUGCUCCUUCGAAACCCACGGUGGCAGAGCGGCCGCACGGGCAUAAGGAGACACCCCAGCAGGUGGCACGUAUACCAAAGGUUAACGGCAUGCCAGAGGACGGUCCGUACGUCGCGUGCGACCAAUUCCACUCUGCGAUGGCUGUGAUAAAGAAUGUUAUAGGCGAUUCUGCAGAAUCGAGCGUAACGUCGCCUACACUCCCUGAAGACGGCAGUACUAUGCAGGCCUUUUUAAUGCGUACCGAACGACGGUACACCCAGAUGGGAUUGGAGACCAGUGAGUGGGGGAACGCACUUAUCGACCAUCUUGUGGGUCUGGCUCUAACUGAUGGGAUGUAUCUACAGCGAACUAUCGACCUAAGCGACUGGGCGACUGUACAGCGCCGGCUUCUGGAACGGCUCAACAAGACAAUGUUGCAGAGUCAACUGCUAACGGAGUUGGGUAAAGUGCGGAGGAAUGGAAACCCUAAAGAGUAUACGGACCAGUUUGCGGCUGUAGCGGAGCGUGGAGUUGGGAUCGCCCCCGACGAACUCGCUGACUUCUACUGCGCUGGGCUACUAACUGACCUCCAUCUUCUCAUUACAAAUAAUGGGCUGGUGAAGUAUUCCUCCUGGGAACAAGUGGCGACAGCAGUAGCGCGACUCUACGAACCUAAGCAGACCGUGCUAUAG